AUGGCGUUGGAGUGGUUCAGAGACGGGGUGCCGGUGGGCCAAGUUUUCCCGAAAAACCGGUGGCGGGUUUUCGAAAACGGCACUCUGCUUAUUCGAGGAUACACAGUGGCUUAUUAUAGCCCUGGAACACCGUCAGAAAGGUCCACGUGGACGACAGUGGCGUCACGACUCAGAAGCCACGUGGCGGUCAUCAGCCGACUCUCUCCGGGACGCCGGUACGUGUUCACCGCUCGGGCCGAAAAUUCAGCAGGAUUUUCCGCCCCCAGCGGUUUGAGCAAAGAAGUCGUGGCUGCAGAAGAAGAUAGUUCUUCUUCUUCGUCUGCAUCGAAUGCUUUGGGGGCAAACAGAAGAGUCAUGGAGAGACGAAAACUGGAAAGCUGUGUGUUUCGUUUGGUGCGAAUCAAACCAGAGUCGCCAACCGCCGUCCGAAUUUUCUGGGAGGUUGAAGACAAGACUGUGAAAACGGAUGGCUUGUACAUCCGAUACAGAAGAGUGAUGCCGCAUCCGCAAAACACGUUCGCGACAGAUACCUUGAUGACGUCUGACAAUUCC